CCGAGCCCGGCCGAGACGGCGUUUGCCUCGGAGCAGGGCGCAUCAUGCCGCGUCCACGUACCGAAGAGAAAACUGAGAAUGAAAUUGCUUUGGCAAGCUAAAAUGAGCUCGAUUCAGGACUGGGGUGAAGAGGUAGAGGAAGGAGCUGUUUACCAUGUCACCCUCAAAAGAGUCCAGAUUCAGCAGGCUGCCAAUAAAGGAGCAAGAUGGCUAGGGGUUGAAGGGGACCAGCUGCCUCCAGGACAUACAGUCAGUCAGUAUGAGACCUGUAAGAUCAGGACCAUAAAAGCUGGCACCUUGGAGAAGCUUGUGGAGAACCUGCUGACGGCUUUUGGGGACAAUGACUUUACCUACAUCAGCAUCUUCCUGUCAACAUACAGAGGCUUUGCCUCCACUAAAGAAGUGCUGGAACUGCUGCUGGACAGGUAUGGAAACCUGACAAGCCCAAACUGUGAAGAAGAUGGACGCCAAAGUUCAUCUGAGUCUAAGACGGUGAUCAGAAACGCAAUCGCCUCGAUCCUGAGGGCCUGGCUUGACCAAUGUGCGGAGGACUUCCGGGAGCCCCCGCACUUCCCUUGCUUACAGAAACUGCUGGAUUAUCUCAAACGGAUGAUGCCAGGCUCGGAUCCAGAGAGAAGAGCACAAAAUCUUCUUGAGCAGUUUCACAAGCAAGAAGUGGAAACUGACAAUGGGUUUCCCAACGCCAUUUCCUUCAGCCUGGAAGAGGAAGAGGAACUGGAGGGUGGAGGGUCUGCAGAAUUCACGUGCUUCUCGGAGGAUCUCGUGGCAGAGCAGCUGACCUAUAUGGAUGCAGUGGUCAUUGAGCAUCCACAUGCGUUAUACACAGUUCAUGAUCGUGAGUGCCCAGAACAUACCAUGGAUAUGCUUUUUGAGCAACUAUUCAAGAAAGUAGUGCCUCACCACUGCCUGGGCUGCAUUUGGUCUCGAAGGGAUAAGAAGGAAAACAAACAUUUGGCUCCUACAAUCCGUGCUACCAUCUCUCAGUUUAAUACCCUCACCAAAUGUGUUGUCAGCACCAUCUUGGGGGGCAGAGAACUCAAAACUCAGCAGAGAGCCAAAAUCAUCGAGAAGUGGAUUAACAUUGCCCACGAAUGUAGAAUCCUGAAGAAUUUUUCCUCCUUGAGGGCCAUCGUUUCAGCACUCCAGUCCAAUUCCAUCUAUAGGUUAAAAAAGACAUGGGCUGCGGUCCCAAAGGACCGAAUGCUGAUGUUUGAAGAACUUUCAGAGAUCUUCUCAGACCACAAUAACCAUUUGACCAGCCGGGAACUUCUGAUGAAGGAAGGAACCUCAAAAUUUGCAAACCUGGACAGCAGUGUGAAAGAAAACCAGAAGCGGACUCAGAGGCGGCUUCAACUCCAGAAGGAUAUGGGUGUGAUGCAGGGAACUGUGCCCUACCUGGGCACCUUCCUGACUGACCUGACCAUGCUUGACACCGCGCUUCAGGACUACAUCGAGGGUGGGCUGAUAAACUUUGAGAAAAGGAGAAGGGAAUUUGAAGUGAUUGCCCAAAUAAAGCUCUUACAGUCUGCCUGCAACAGCUAUUGUAUGACCCCAGACCAGAAGUUCAUCCAGUGGUUCCAGAGGCAGCAACUCCUAACAGAAGAGGAGAGCUACGCCCUCUCAUGUGAGAUUGAAGCGGCCGCUGACGCCAGCGCCACCUCACCCAAGCCUCGGAAGAGCAUGGUGAAGAGGCUCAGCCUACUGUUUCUGGGGUCGGACAUUAUCAACAGUAGCACUCCCACCAAAGAGCAGCCCAAGUCCACUGCCAGUGGCAGCUCUGGUGAAAGCAUGGACUCCGUCAGUGUGUCAUCCUGCGAGUCAAACCACUCAGAGGCUGAGGAGGGCUCUAUCACUCCCAUGGACACACCUGAUGAGCCUCAGAAAAAGCUCUCUGAGUCUUCCUCGUCAUGUUCCUCCAUCCAUUCCAUGGACACAACUUCCUCAGGGAUGUUGUCCUUAAUCCACCCCCUCUCCUCCCCUCCGUCCUGCAACAACAACCCGAAAAUUCACAAGCGCUCCGUCUCCGUGACGUCCAUUACCUCGACAGUGCUGCCUCCCGUUUACAACCAGCAGAAUGAAGACACCUGCAUUAUCCGCAUCAGUAUAGAGGACAACAAUGGCAACAUGUACAAAAGCAUCAUGUUGACGAGCCAGGAUAAAACUCCUGCCGUGAUCCAAAGGGCAAUGCUGAAACACAACCUGGACUCGGACCCAGCUGAGGAGUACGAGCUGGUACAGGUCAUCUCGGAAGACAAAGAACUCGUGAUCCCAGACUCGGCAAAUGUCUUUUACGCCAUGAACAGCCAAGUGAACUUUGACUUCAUUUUGCGCAAAAAGAGCUCCACGGAAGAGCAAGUGAAGCUGCGGAGCCGGACCAGCCUGACGUUGCCCAGGACAGCUAAACGGGGCUGCUGGAGCCACAGGCACAGCAAAAUCACCCUCUGAAGGGAGGGGCCGGUGGCCCCUGCUUGCCAAAGGCAGAGCGGGGCUGGACAGGCCGUGGUGAUUGCAACUACCAUCCAGUGUUAGAGAAUCGUUGGCGAAGUCAGCCGGUAUUUACUGGGUACCUCUGGUGUGCCGGGCACCAUGAUAGGCGUUGUGGGGAAAUCAGACAUGAAUUUGACAUGAAAAGGAUGCACGAUCCAGUGAUUCUCUUUGACCUGUUUGAGACUGAAAUGCAAAAUUAUCCCCGUUUAUAAAUAUGUAUAUGUACACAUAUUUGGUAUGUAUGUGUAUGUAUAGAAAUAUAUGAGGGACUUAUGGGAUAUUCUGGACUAUGGAAAAACAAUUUGCACAACGGCCUAGGAAGCUGAGGUCACUUUUUACAGGGAAAUAGAAGGAACUGAGAACCUAGUCUCACACCUUCCGGGUAAAUGGAAUCAGUCCUACGAAUCCAGAGUGUCCUCCGUGCCAGUAUUACAAGAACUCGAAGCUAUUU